UUUUAUCCGAGCGCUGCCUGCCGGCCCCCACAUUCUCCCAGCGACGCCGGAGCCCUGCCUGCAGCGCCGCAUGCGACCAUGAGCGCCCUGCCCUGUACUUUCCUCCUCCUCCUCCUCCUCUUCUUCCUCGGCCUGCCCGUCCUUCCCGAAGCCAAGCGCCAAGGGAAAGCAGACAAGCCUCGCCAGCCUCCGCCGACCCCCGCGGCCCCCCAGCCGGCCAAGAGAGCCCGAAACCGCUCGGUGCCCGGCUCCGGAGAGCUGACCACCAAGGGGGGGCACCGCUGCACCUGGGAGACGUCCGGAGAGGAGCUGGUGACUCUGCUGGUGAGCUGCAGCAGCCAAAGCCCGGGCGACCAGCAGAGGUACUGGUGUCGCUAUGCCGGCAAACCAGACCUGUGCCAGGCCUACGGGGUGAAGUCCAGCCAGUACUGGAAGCAGCUGGUGGGGAAGCUGAAGAAGAGGCAGAACGCCUGCGAGGGAGAGAAAGUCCUGAAGGCCAAAACCUGCAAGAAGGCGGCGAACGAGGCGCACAUGAAGCUGGCGCAGCGCGGCGGCCAGGAGGAGGAGGAGGCGGCGGCGGCGGAGAAGAAGGGAGGAAAGGGAGGAGGGAGGAAGAAAGCAGCAUCAGGUGGUGGUGCGAUGGAGAAGAAGAAGAAGGAGCAGGAGGAGGAGGAGGAGAGGAAGAAGGCGGAGGAGCAGACCGGCUUCGGGGAGGACGGCGUGGUGAACGACAUGGAGCCGGUGCAGAGUUACUGCGCAGAGGGCUGGCACUCCGUCUGCUCCUUCUUCGUCAAGUUCUUCGAGGGUUAAAGGUCAACAAAGAAGAAAUGACUCGGCUUGAACAGACGGCGGCACCACAUCUAUACAAUCUAUAUCACACUGAAAACUGGAGUUGCACUUUUCUUUUUUUAUGACAUGGUACAGAAAGCAGCAGGGACCUCAUCUUUAAAAAAAAAAAAAAAACAAUCUACAGUGUAUUUCCCACCAAAAUCACAAUCAUUUCAAAUAAUAUAAUUUAAAACAAAUUAAAAUCUCAUAUGUGGAAUUAGAAAUUAGCUCUUGGCAAAAAAAACAAACAAAAAAAAAAAAAA